AUUAUUUCCCAUCUCUCACGUUGCUGUCUUGCUUUCUUUUCACAGGUGUCACAUUUAUAGCAUCAGACUCAGUCAUUGACAAAGAACAAGAUGAAGAAAUACAGGAAGCAGAUAGCAGAGCAGUUCCUGAGUCAGGCUCUGGGCAUCAUCUGCCUGCUGACAGGAGAGGAAUACACCAUUGUGAAGAAGAGGCCCUCCCACAGCAGCAUACAACAGCUGAGCGGAGAGGUGCCUAUAAAGUGUGAUGAUGUUGCUGUGUAUUUCUCUAUGGAGGAGUGGGAGUAUAUAGAGGGACACAAGGAGCUUUACAAGGACGUCAUGAUGGAGACUCACCAAGCACUAAGGACUAUGGAGAUCCCAGGAAAUGAGAGCUCAGAAUUAACAGGUCGCAGAGAUGAAAAUCUAUACACAGGAGCACAUAGAGUACAGAAUAUUCAGCCAGUGGAGACCCCAUCAGACGUCUCUGCAGAUGAAAACGAUGCUAAAAUUGUAAGUAACACGGAACAAACAGAAGAUCCGUGGCUAAGUAAUAUGACAGAAGCUGCAGAGCAGGGAAUAUGUGACAAUAUAAGUACAGUUGAAAAAGAUGCUAAGAUUUCAUGUAACACAGAACAAUCAGAAGAUCAGUGGCUAAGUAAUAUGCCAGAAGCGGCAGAGCAGGAAAUAUGUGACAAUAUAAAUACAGGUGAAUUCACAAACCACAAUAAUCCUAGUCAUGAUCAGAGUGCAGAUGCUUCUUUAAAUCUUCAUCAUCAAAGAAGCCAAGUGGGAAAUGUAUGUUCUGAAUGUGGGAAAUAUUUUCUCAAGAAAUCACAUCUUUAUAGACAUCUGAAAGUUCAUAAAGGAGAAAAUCCAUUUUCCUGUUCUAUAUGUGGGACAUGUUUUAACCGUAAAGGGAAUCUUGUUGUUCAUCAGAAAAUUCAUACAGGAGAAAAAAAAAAGUCAUGUUCUGUAUGUGGGAAAUGUUUUACUCGGAAGUCGUAUCUUAUUGUCCAUCAGAAAAUUCAUACAGGAGAGAAAGAAUUUUCAUGUUCUGACUGUGGAAAAUGUUUUACUCAGAAAUCAAAUCUUAUUACGCAUCAGAAAAUUCAUACUGGAGAGAGAGGAUUUUCAUGUUCUGACUGUGGGAAAUGUUUUACUCAGAAAUCAAAUCUUAUUACGCAUCAGAAAAUUCAUACAGGAGAGAGAGCAUUUUCAUGUUCUGACUGUGGGAAAUGUUUUACUCGGAAAUCAUAUCUCAUUGAUCAUCAGAAAAGUCAUACAGGAGAGAGAGCAUUUUCAUGUUCUGAUUGUGGGAAAUGUUUUACUCAGAAAUCAAAUCUUAUUACGCAUCAGAAAAUUCAUACAGGAGAGAGAGCAUUUUCAUGUUCUGACUGUGGGAAAUGUUUUACUCUAAAAUCAUAUCUCAUUGAUCAUCAGAAAAUUCAUACAGGAGAGAGAGCAUUAUUUUCAUGUUCUGACUGUGGGAAAUGUUUUACUCGGAAACGACAUCUUAUUCGUCAUCAGAAAAUUCAUACAGGAGAGAGAGCAUUUUCAUGUUCUGACUGUGGGAAAUGUUUUACUCGGAAAUCAACUCUUAUUACGCAUCAGAAAAUUCAUACAGGAGAGAGAGCAUUUUCAUGUUCUGACUGUGGGAAAUGUUUUACUCUAAAAUCAUAUCUCAUUGAUCAUCAGAAAAUUCAUACAGGAGAGAGAGCAUUUUCAUGUUCUGAGUGUGGGAAAUGUUUUACUCGGAAACCACAUCUUAUUCGUCAUCAGAAAAUUCAUACAGGAUAGAGAGCAUUUUCAUGUUGUGACUGUGGGAAAUGUUUUACUCGGAAAUCAAAUCUUAUUACGCAUCAGAAAAUUCAUACAGGAGAGAGAGGAUUUUGAUGUUCUGGCUGUGGGAAAUGUUUUACUUGGAAAACACAUCUUAUUAGUCAUCAGAAAAUUCAUACAGGAGAGAGAGCAUUUUCAUGUUCUGGCUGUGGGAAAUGUUUUACUCUAAAGUCAAAUCUUACUAAGCAUCAGAAAAGUCAUAUUAAAGGAAAUAAGAACAUAAACACUUAAAGGACCUCUCAUUGCAGAAGAAUUGCAUAAUAAACAAGUGCAUAAUAAAAAGACAAUGAUUUAACACCUA